AUGCGGGCUUCUUUGAUCCUCAGAGCUGCUCAGCACCGUACCCCAUCCAUUAAAUUCAUCGGAAAACGAACUCCCCCAAAUAGUUUUGCAACCUACCGGUCCAAGGCACAACAGCAUGGUCCUCUCGGAGGCAAUGCCAAGGCCUCAACGUCUGGCUUCACAACCUACGGUGCCAUUGGUGGAUCAGCUGGCAGAUCAUUAGGCUCCGUCCAGCCAAAGGAAGGCGAGGUCUUUGACCGAAAUGACUUGCCAAAGCGCUUCUGGCGGACACAGUGGACUGACGAAGAAAUCGAUGCUGUAACGUCUGGCGGUGCUACCCUGGUGGCCUGA